AUGGCUCGCCACGGAGAUACUCGCUCACCAUCACCUGUAGGCAGCACAUUUUCUUCAUCCCGGCGACCUCGCAGAGAUGAUGAUCGCUAUGAGAGAACCAGGCGGGAUGAUGGGCGCAGUUACCGCAGAUCCCGCAGCCCAGAGAGACGCUACCGCGGGCGCGACCGCCCUCGCGAUAGAGAUGCAUAUCGACGACGAGACCUACCCAUAGACCGGCGCGACGAAGAUACUUAUCGGCCAGCUCGAAGAGACCGAUCUCGAGACCGGCGCCGAGAUGGUGACCAUGACAUCCGCCGCAGAAGUCGUGAUAGGGAUUACCGUUCCAGGCGAGAUGACUCCCGGGAUCGGGACCGCAGGCGGAUAAGUGAUUCUGCUGAUUUGAAGCCCAAGUCUAGACGGGAUGACAGCCGUGAUCGUGCUCCGAGCCGACGGUCCAGGUCCAGAACCCGAGAGCCAUCCAAGCCGUCCACACCGGCCCCAACUGCGCAGACAGACGAGGCAAAAAAAGCAGAGAGACUUGCCAAGCUUGAAGCAUGGAAGCAGAAACAAGCCGCCGAACGCGAAAAGAAGCAAAAAGAACAGGCAUCAGUUGAUCCGAAGAAAAUUCUUGAAGCGAUUGACCGUAAAUCAGUUGUGUCCCCAGAUCCUGCUGCAUUUCCCGGAAAGUCGAAGUUUGAUCCAAAGGCCAUAGUCAAAUCAUCCACCACGACCACGGCCACUCCCGCCGUGCUUGGUACCGAUGUUGCCGUUCCGCUGUCUUCCAAAGCCCCGUCUGUUACAAAAGCCAACGUACCUAGUGCUACGCCCGCCAUGCUCUCUGCUCCCUUGAAAGCCAAAGGUAAUGUCAGCGGAUUCGGCCUGGGUGUUAGACAAGUUUCUGAAACCGAGAAGCCCUCUGCUUCUGAAACUCUUGGCUUUGGGGAUGGCGAUGAAGGAUCGACACGCAAGAAACUCGAGAAAUUGCCGACCAUGUCUCUUGAUAUGGGUGCACAGGCAGACGAUGCCGUCGAAGAUGAUGAUGUAGACAUGCAAGUUGAAGGAACGGAAGAACACGCAGCAGCCGAAGCGCACGCUGCAACUGAACGCCGAGAUACACGACUCCAGGGUCAAAAUGAUGUCCAUAUGGAGGAGGCCACGAACGCCCCGGCCGAUUCUACCAUGGACGUUGACGACGACGAAGAAAUCGAUCCCCUGGAUGCGUUCAUGGCUAAACUCCAAGACUCGGCGCCGCCUGAACGGAAAACCGGGGCCACUUUUGCCAAGAAGACCGCACACCAACAACCCGAGGCGAUGUUUGGCGACGAGGAGGAUGUGGCUGUGACUGCAGUUGGUGACGAGAAGGCUGAAGAUGUUCUCGCUCUGGCAGCAAUUAAAAAGAAGAAACGGGAGAUGCCUGAGAUUGAUCACGCGAAGAUCGAGUAUGAGCCGUUCCGCAAGCAAUUUUACACCGAACCGUCCAAUCUUGCCGAGAUGACCGAGGAGGAGGUAGCGAAUUUGCGACUUGAACUGGAUGGCAUCAAGAUCCGCGGUCGGGGUGUCCCUAAACCUGUUCAAAAGUGGUCGCAAUGCGGUCUGGGCGUUCAGACGUUAGAUGUUGUUCACAAACUCGGGUGGGAAAACCUCACAUCCAUUCAAGCCCAAGCCAUUCCUACGAUCAUGUCCGGUCGCGAUGUCAUCGGCGUGGCAAAGACAGGCUCAGGCAAGACCGGUGCUUUCCUCGUUCCGAUGUUCCGACACAUUAAAGACCAACGGCCCUUGUCUGGUACAGAUGGCCCGAUCAGUAUGAUCUUGUCACCUACCCGUGAACUGGCCACCCAAAUUCAUAAAGACUGUAAGCCUUUCUUGAAGGCCUUGGGUCUUCGUGCCGUCUGCGCGUAUGGUGGAGCCCCGAUCAAAGACCAAAUUGCCGAACUGAAACGAGGCGCGGAAAUUAUUGUAUGCACUGCUGGUCGUCUAAUCGAUCUUCUGGCCGCAAACCAAGGACGGGUCCUCAAUCUACGCCGUAUCACGUAUGUUGUUCUUGACGAGGGUGACCGCAUGUUCGAUAUGGGCUUCGGGCCACAAGUUGUGAAGAUCAUGGAAAGCAUCCGACCGGACAGGCAGACUGUCCUUUUCUCAGCCACUUUUCCCAAGAAUAUGGAAGCAUUGGCUCGGAAAACUUUGAACCAGCCAGUGGAGAUCACUGUGGGUGGCCGGAGUGUUGUGGCUCCGGAAAUCACGCAAGUUGUUGAGGUCCGUAACAACGACCAGAAAUUCUUCCGUCUGUUGGAGCUUUUGGGAAAUCUGUAUGAGCACGACGCAAAUGAAGAUGAUCGCACGUUGAUUUUCGUGGACCGUCAAGAGGCUGCAGAUGACUUGCUCAAGCAAUUGAUGUACAAGGGUUAUCCAUGCAUGUCGAUUCACGGUGGAAAGGAUCAGAUCGAUCGCGACAGCACCAUCCAAGAAUUCAAGGCAGGCAUUUUCCCUAUCCUGGUCGCAACGUCAGUUGCUGCUCGUGGGUUAGAUGUCAAGCAGCUCAAGCUCGUCGUCAACUAUGACGCACCUAACCACCUGGAAGAUUAUGUCCACCGUGCCGGCCGCACUGGGCGAGCUGGCAACACCGGAACCGCCGUCACGUUCAUCACCGAAGAGCAGGAUCGGUAUGCCGUGGAUAUCGCCAAGGCUCUCAGACAAAGUGGACAGCAAGUUCCCGAGCCUGUCAAAAAGCUAGUCGAUGGCUUCAAUGAGAAGGUCAAGUCUGGCAAGGAGAAGUACACAGCGCGCCAUGGAUUUGGUGGUAAAGGCCUGGACCGUCUCAAUAUGGAGCGUGAAACUGCGCGACUUCGUGAGCGGAAAGCAUACACAGGCGAUGACAUGGAUGAAGAAGAGGGGAAACUUGAGACCGAACAGGAAUCAGAUGAUCGAUUCAAUAAGGCUCUUUCAGCUGUCCGACCUGCCGCCGAACCGGCUGUGCCAACAGCUACACCUCCAGUCUCCAUGCCAGGCGUGCCAAAAGGCAUUGACCUUGAUGGUAAGAUUGUUGUGCAUCGUACGGAGAGAACACCGGCCAAUGCGUCAAAGAAUCCAUUGGACAAAGUGGGCUCCGCCGUUGCGGAUAUCCACGCACGUUUGAGCCGUGCGGGUGUGAUGCGAUCUGGUGUUCCUAUUGAUAACCGUGGCCCUGACGCCGGAGCCUUCCAUGCAACGCUGGAAAUCAACGAUUUCCCUCAGAAGGCACGUUGGGCGGUUACAAACCGCACGAACGUUGCAAAGAUAUUGGAAGCAUCCGGUACCUCUAUCACCACGAAAGGCAAUUUCUACGCCGCCGGGAAGGAACCCGCGCCUGGCGAGCUCCCCAAGCUGUACAUCCUGGUUGAGGGUGAGACGGAAAUCUCAGUCACCACCGCCAUACACGAGCUCAGACGCCUGCUCAAGGAUGCGACACUGGCCGCCUCAGAAGGUGAAGCGCGCGCUCCGGUGGGUGGCCGCUACAAUGUUCUAUAG